AUGGGGACGGGUGGAGGGAGGCUGGGUCAGAUCUUUAUUAUAUUUUUCGCCACGCGACGGACCCGCGACCGCAAACCCGUUGCGCACUUCCACACGCGGGCGGCGGCCAUCUUGGAUCUUCGACAUCGACUUGAAAGAAUGCAUGCUACGGCUACCCCCGGCAAAGAUAGCCUCGAUACGGAAAGAAAUCAGACCG